GAUUGCCGCGUAAUUUGAAAGUUGGAAGCCCUACUGGGCUUGCCAGUUGGCUAGAUUCUUAUUUAGAUUGCAUUUGCAUAAGUAUUAGUUUAGCAAUGCCAUCUGUUAAAAGUCACAAACACAAAACAUCUUCCACUACUAGCUCUUCAGUUAAGGAGUCUACUGAGAUGGGUAAACCAACUGAAGGUAUUUCUAAAGCUGUCAAGGCUGGGAAAAAACUCAAGAAAAAUCCUCAGUUAGGUAAUGAUGAUUUAAAAUCUGGUUCAGAAUCUAAAAAAGCCAAGACUUCUUGUGGGAAUGAUGCUGCUGAAAUUGCAACAUCUGAAGCCAAGGACAGAAAAGGUGAUGGUUGCAAUACAAAAGUAAAAUCAAGUAAGACCAUCAUUGACAAGUCCACCAAAUUUCAAGAAAUUGACCCUGCAGUUAACUUAAAAUUAGCUGCUAAGAAGAAAGGUAGAGAAGUUGUUGCUGCUAAAGAUAAAGAUUCCUCAGAAGAAAGUGAUGAGGAUUUACUGUCUUCUGAUAGUAGCAACAGUGGUGAAGGAAAAAACCCAACUGUUAUGUUGGUGCGUGACCUUAUGGAAGAUGAGAGCGAUGACUCGGAUUACGUAGCUCAAGAAGGCAAAGAAGAAAAUGAGGAAGAUGAAGACGUCAUUGAUUCAGCAUCUGAUGAAGAGAAUGAUGAUGAGUGUUCAGUUGAAAAAGAAGAGUCUGCACAAGAAGACGACAAGGAUGCUGAUGAAGAGACGAGUAGCAUUGGAAAUGACGAAGUUGAAGAAGAAGAAGAAGUUGAUGUUCAUGAUAUGUUGGAUGAUGAGGCUGAAGAAGGUUCAGAAACUGAAGAGUCUGAAAUUACUUUAAGUUCCUCCGAUGGUGAACACAGCAGGCCUAUGUUUGAGGGUGGUUCAACGUUACGCAGUAAGGCACUGCAAAAAAUUGCAGAAGACUAUGAAAACGGUUCCAUGCAAGAUGACGCUUUUGUAGUACCGGAUGACUUUGUUGAGUAUAUGGAUGAAGAUGAGGCUGGUGACUUGCCUGACGUAAGUGCUGUGCACACGAAAAAAAAGUUCAAACGAGUAAUUUCAGCGGUAGACUCAAGCGAUUCUGAUGAAGAAAAAUCAGAACGUGCUGUUUCGCAUGGAUCUAAAGAUGUGACAAAGGAAUUGAAAGUGAAAAUAUUGAAUAAAGACGUCAAAGGAGCUCGCAUUCAAGGUCAUGCUAGGGAGAAAAUGUUAUCGGAACCGAAAACCAAUCCAUGUUCGUCCAGAACUAAGACCAAGAGAGCCAUGUCUACCGCGUCGCCCGUGAAAAUAUCGCCAUUCAAGUAUUCACCUCUGAGAGAAAGAAUGUCAAGGAAACAUCAAUUUCUUUGGGGAAAAAAUCGCGAAAUUUCUACUCCCGGCAUAUCGCCUAGAAAUAUAAGGCAGAAAGACUGCGCCGAAAAUUGGUCUGUUCGCGAUAUCAAUGAAGGCCGAUCUUACAGUGAAUCUGAUACAUAUCAAGCUCGUGAAUUAAAAAAGAAGAAGUACGCUAAGCUUGUCAGUGUUUCUUCCCAGAAAAAUCCCGUCUGUUCUAAGAAAGGUGAAGCUGACUACGAGCGCGAGCGAGUGGGAAGGUUUAAGAGAAGCCGCCCUGGAAGCGAAUCUCCUGUUCCAAAAAAGAAGUUUCGGGAGUGAAAUUGUUUAAUAUUUCCUGCCAUUGCAUCUAAUAAAAAUCAUUUUAAUUUAACUUUUCAAAUGCUUUCGUUGGCAACUUGAAUCUAUGUUCCAAUUUAGUUUACAUUAGAUCCAUUUUUCUUCAAUUCAAGUGUUUAAGUGUUUUUCUUCAGUUUUGUUAACUGGUCCGAACUAUUCAUUUAAUAGUUUAUUACGAACUAGUUUAGCUAGUCAUCAGUGGCAUGAAGUCAAAUAAUUUUAGUGAGAGCAAUUCUGUGCUGUCUUUGCUUUAUACGUCAAGAGUGGCUCUGAGAACAUACACCAAAUCGAUGUUUGUGAUAUUUAAAUACGAUGUCUGUAAUAACUACGAUGUCUGGGUACAAGUUCCAUGAAAUAUUGUUAAUGAAUACCCAUGUGAUGAUCUAUCAUAGUUAGUCUCUAAGCGUCUUUUGUCUUAUAUGAUUCCUCCUAGAUAGCAUAUUGAAAAUAAUUUCGAACCACUGUCGUUGUGAAGUUUGUAAGUCACAAAAUUAUCACUGACUAUUUUUUCAUAAUUUCACGUUGGUUGUAAUGCAACCCGCACGUUAAAUUAGGUUUCAAUUGCAGAAAUACUUCAUUAAAAAAAGACGCGCGAGGUGCAAAUUGGUAUAAAUUUGUUCCCAUUGUUUGCUCAAAAAUUCCUGCGCAAAAAUAUUCAGUGAGCGAUUGAUUUCAAUCCCCAAAAAUCCAUUGUGUCGUUGACCAAUAGAUAUAUAACGCCAACAGUAAACGUGUAGUGAAGCUACGGUCAUUUGCUAAAUAAUAAACAACUUUUUUUUUGUAGCGUCCUUAUUGAAUCUGUCUGAGGUUGGUUACUUAAUAAGAGUUUGCUCCAAGGAAGACGUCGAAUUUCGUGAAAUUUUUAAUAAUAAAAUUGAUAUCAUUUUGAUCCUUAUGGUUUUUUCUUGAGCGAAAGCUUAUUAGGAAGAUUGAUUCAUUCGUAUAGUUUCAGUAAAUUUGCAUUGGA